GCUAAGCCUGUAAACCAAGCCGACCAUUAAAACGUUGCUUCUUCAGGUCUAACAGGUCUUUGUAAUGUCUGACAGUGAUACAGACUCGGAAGAUGAAAUACAGAUAAAGAAAUAUUUCAACAACGACCUUUUGUCUGCGAUCAAACAAGCUAAGCAUGCUCAAGAAUCUCGGAGUGGAAUUAAAAGAGCCCCAGGACAUCAUUUGUUAAGAAAUAAGAAACAGGUUGUAAUAGUGAAAAGAAUAAAAGCAUAUGAUGGGCGCCAUUGGAAUGUUGACUGUGAUAAUAGUUUGGAGAGAGCAACAAAGAGAUUGACUAUAAAUGCCGUUAUUGCGGAAGAGGAUAAAGAACAACUAAGAAGAGUAAAGGAAGAAGAAAACACCAGCGAACAAGCAAGAAAAGUCCUUCUUGACCUUCACGCUGAAUUUUUUGCGAAUAUGUCUCUCAGCAAGUGGAGACAGGCAGCUGAAGAAGCUGAAGAGACAUUUGAUGUUCAAUCUCAGUUAAGUGAUGUCCAGUGUCAGUUGGUGCGUCAAGCCAACAGUAAAGACAUUGAUAACCAAACAGAAGAAGAGAAGUUUAGGCAGUUGAAGUUGGUUACUCAGAUGAACAAUAAAGCUACUAGGACUUUGAGUCAAGAAGACCUGCUAAUAGCUAUGGCUGAAAGCAACCGGAAGAAAAUUAUAGUCCAAACUGACCUUGUCGAAGCAUUUGCCAGAUAUGAGGAUGAGAAAAGUAAUGUUACACAGGAAUAUAAUACAGCUAUGUUUGAAGUUAUGGACGAAUCGCUUAAUUCAAUUAAACAAAUGUUUAACAAACGGAAAACUAGGAGAGAGUCUCUAGUAGAACAAAACCGUAGAGUUGCAGACUUAAAACCUCUAAUGAAAGAGCGAACUUAUCAAAGAUAUAUGCAUCACUACAAUAUUGUUAUGUCCAAUCUUCGCAAUGCUUUCAAGAAAGUUAGGGCACGAGAAGAAGAGAUAGAGGCAGAAUCAAGAAGAAUAACCGAAGAAAGAAAAGUUAUCAUGCAAGAACAACUGGUGCGCAAACAUGCGAUGAAAUGGGUCACCUUUGCCUUCGCAAAGGAACGGCAGAGACAGAUAACUGAAUGUGAGGAAAAGGCGUUCAAAUCAGACCCAUUCUAUGAUGCAGUUAAGUUAGCAUUAGCUAAAGUUCAACGUGAAAUGAUUCUGCAUAAAUUCAACGGAAAAUGGGUUGAUAAAAGAAAGACAUCCACCGAAAUGCCAGUGGAAGGGCUAACUGAACAUGAUAGAAUGUUGAAAACGAUGAGAAUGAAAUCAAGAAGAAAAUCAUGUGUUGUCAAGGAAGAUGAUGAUUAGAGAGUUAUGUAUUAAAGUCUACGUUCUGCUGGCAGGAGUUCCAUUUCCAGAUCUUUUGCGAAAUUUAUCUUUUUUCUUUUGAUGGGAUUUGUUAGGUAAAAAUAUAAAAAAAAGUUUGUUGAUUCAUGUUUCAAUAAAUAAUUUAAUCUCUU